CAGAUUUUCCCAAAAACUUUAUGCAUUUUCUUUCAUUUAAGUAUUCUUUUCAACUAGGCAUAUGACUGUAAAUCAAAAAAACAUUGAUGGAAAAACAACUCUUCCUCGGAAUACAUAGGGAUUUCCCACAGUCUACAAAUCUUUUUACCGAUUAGAUGGUAGUACCAAAGAUCAGUAUAUAAAAAAAAGAGGAAAGAAAACGAAAAAAAAAAAGAUAACAAAGAAUGCGAAUCCCUAUUAGACCCAAAGGAGACAUUAGUUCCGCUUUUUCUCAUCUCGGUGGAAAAGAAAAUGCUUUGGAGCCUCAUCUAUUGACGCUUAAAAAACAAAUUACACCUCAAGAUCCAACCACUAUUCAACAUGCUUACCAGCGUCUUUUGGAAAGUAUAGAAAAAGAAGCAGUCGAUAUCAAACAAAAAGGAUCGUCCAUAAUCCCACAAAUCACACUAGAAGAGAUCAAGGCAAAUGGUGGUCGAUUUCCUCAAGACAUAGCGGCACAAAUUCAACGUCGAGGUUGUGUUGUUAUCCGCCAAGUCAUUCCUGAACAAGAAGCUUGUGAAUAUAAGCAACAGAUUCAGAGAUAUGUCAAUAAAUAUCAAAUUAAACGAGUCAAUUGUGUCUCUGGCCAUAUUGAAGGAUAUCCCAAGCAUAAUCCGCAAGUAUUUGAGGUGUAUUGGACUAAAUCACAAGUGACUGCUAGAAGCCAUGCAGGAUUUGAAUUAGCGACUAUGGCACUUAAUCAACUUUGGCAUGCAGAUGAAGACACAGUGAUUGACUGGUCUAAAAACAUGGCUUAUUGUGAUCGCCUUCAGAUUCAUAAACCUGGGGAUGUCUUUUUUGAUUUAGAGGCACAUGUUGAUAACGGUUCUCUUGAACGCUGGCAAGAUCCAGAGUAUCGUCAGUGCUAUACACAUAUCUUGAAUGGUGAAUGGGAAAGACAUGAUCCUUUUGAUGCGACACAUCGUGUUGAAGCUCGAAUGGAUUAUUAUAGUUCUCUCGCUGGUCGAUCUGUCUUUAGAAACUUUCAAGGCUGUGUUGCUAUCUCUGACAUCAAAGCUAAUUCAGGCGCAUUUCGUACUUGUCCUCUAUUAAAAGAGGCAACUGCAUUAUUUAUGAUGAAGCCCUUGACUAAGGAGUACAUUGAACAACUUGAUUUCAUUGGUGCCUCUCCAGGUUUAUGCCAUAGUAUUACUAAACAUGGUUACCCUCAAAUCAUUGAAAAUAUGGUAUCUGCACCUGAAUUGAAACCUGGCGAUGCUGUGUUUUGGCACUGCGAUCAAAUCUAUUCUUUUGAACCUGAAAACAAGAGCGAAACAGAUUCAUCUAUUCUCUACAUCCCAACUGUCCCAAUUUGUCGAGUCAAUUCUGAAUACCUGAAAAGACAAAGGGACGCAUUCACUAAAGGCCUCACGCCUCCAGACUUUCCAGGCAAUCACUUUGAAGAAAAUGUUCAAGACAGAGCUAAACCUGAAGAUUUAAAUGAAAGGGAAAAGUUAAAUAUGGGAUUCGCUCCCUAUCCUGAACUUCCAAGAGACGCAAAUGGAACAAAAGCCUUGGAAAUUCAUCACAAGAUUCUUGGCUUAGCAUCACCCUAAUUUUUAUUUGACUAUAGUUUUCAUGUCAAAAGACUUAGAUGUCAACCAUAUAAUAGUAUUGCAGAAUCAAAAUAUAAACUUUGCUUUUUUUUUCUUUUAUUUCGUUAUCAAAUGCUGUAUACGCAAAAGUUAUCGCUUUUUUUAGAGUGAAUGCAGCGCUUCUCAGUUAUCUGUGGCCUGAUUGAAAGUGGUAAACCAAAUAUUGGUAUUCUCACCAUCUGAAGUUAAAAA